UAUUCUAUCUUGAUUGCUGUAGAUUAUGUCGACAUUGAAUACUUACCAAUAACCUCAACCCUAUCAAAAAUUCGUGUGUAUGAUAACAUUUAUCUGCCAAACCAGAAUGAAAUUCAUUGUUACCCGAUAACGAAUUUACCGAAACCCGUCGAUCUAUAUGCACCUUUUCCAUUGAUUCUAACCAAUCCGCCGAAUCCACCACUACGUAUUUCAUCUAGAGACAGUGCAAAUAUAAAAGAGUACAAGAAAAAAUAUUUGACUAAUACUAUUAUAAAAAAAAUUGAUAAGAGUACUACAAUAUCUGCACUUAAUCAAAAUCAUUGUCCAACCUUAGUCCGAAGCCGUUCAACAAAUGGCAUAACAUCGUAUAACAGUAAAGGAAAGAGUUUUGCGAACAAUUUACGAAGACCGCGUAUGAAUUCAAUGAGUCCAACUUCGCGUAAGUUUGAGAAAUGUACAUUCUAUUUAAAUCCAAUUGCAUUCGGUCGAAGUAUUUCAAAGGAACGUACCUUUGCCGAAGAAAAAAAGAAGCAAGAGGAACACUUGCCAAUGUGUCGAAGAGUUUGGACAGCUAGCACGAAUAUUUUGCGUGAUCCAUUUCUCCAAUCAUCUAAAGAUGUACGUGAAGCUGUUCGUACAACAUAUCAAAAUCCACAAACUAGAGAAUGCCUCAGAACAAAAAUUUGUCGGGGUAACAUAAUCAAGACAUCGGCACUAACAUAUGCAAAAGACAAAUUGUUGGAAAAAUCGAUUAAAAAAGAUGAAAAAUCGUCGAAAAUCCCACCACUUGAAACGAAAUCAAAAAAACAUGUGAAAAAACCAUUUGUCACCAAAUCAUAUAUGUUGAAAUCGUUUGCAACGGUACCUUUUGAAACAAAUCACAUUCCACGGUCCAAAAAAAUUACGAACACAUCUGAUCUGGAUAGAAAUAAGUCUUCUUAUUCAAUUGACUCGAACAGCUUAAGAAAACGUAUUAGAGAUCAACCACAUAAUAUAAAAUCUAUCUCAUCUUUUGUGAAAACUCCACUGGUAACAAUCACCAACAAAUCAUGUAAAAAACAAAUCGAAUCUAAAUUAGAAUCAAAAUCAGUACAAGACGAAAAAUGUAAAGAUUCUGAUGUUAAUACUAGGGGAAGUAUUCCAUGUCAUACGGGCCUUGAACGUAGUAGCAGCUUUAUAAUGGUCGAAAGAAAUGAACGAAUAAAAUCAGAGAACUUAUUCUCAAAAAAGGUUGUUGCAAAUACGACAAGAGAGAAAGUUAUAGAUGAAAAGAACAUCGGCCGAAACGUUUGUUAUAAAAAUGUUAUUCCUCGAUCAAUCAAUUAUGAUAAAAUACGAUCGACAGGAGUUUAUUUGAUGCAAAAGCGACCCGUAACCAGAUCCAAAUUCAAAGAAUUAGAUAUACUCCAUUCACGUCAAGCUCACAGUUUAAGUCCAUAUCAUCAAGUAUCAGAAGAAAAAUAUUUUAAUAGUAUGGAUAAUUCAAAAUACCAAUCUAGUGGUAUUGAUAAAGACGUUGAACAGUGUGAGUUUAAACUCGAUUGUCAUUAUCAAGAACGUAGCAAGAGUGAGCCACGUUCAAUCAGAUAUGUACAAAAUAUGAAAACCAAACAUAAUGUGACCAAUUUUGCGAACAAAAAAAAGGAACAGUCAUUUUCUCCAACGCGGGAAUUUCGAUCGCCAUCAAGACGUCGAAUUCAAAGUUUUCGUAAUCGAAAACCGACAGAUUUUAGUAGCCUUACGCACUGUGGAUUGGCUCAUUUGACAAGAAGAUAUUCCUUAUCCGAUGAUGAAAGCCGUUUGGACAUGUACUUACAUGAAAUAGGACAACCCGAAAAAUUUAAAGAUUUAAAUCGCUUUUAUUCAAAAGUAGAACGUGUUGGUGUGUUAGAGCGUACAACCUCAAAUAUCGAUUUACAUCCCAUUAGGAAAGAAAAUGAGCUCAUUGAUUUUAAUGUAUGGAAAAAAGUUAAAAAUUAUAAAAGUGCGGAGAAAGAACUACAUUCAUUAGUCGACAAAUUGAAAAGAGAGGAGCGAGAAAAAGACUUCCUCUUUCGUUCAAAAUAUCCAGAAGAUAUAAAAUGGAGACAUGAAAAUGACAGUGGGUUGCGUAUGAAAGAAAAAUCAGUGGAAGAUUUAAAAAAUGUUUUUAUUAAAAAAUCAGUACCAAAUGAAUUGGACAAUACAGGUCAAAAAUCAAAACGUCAAUAUGGAUGUUCAUGGUCGAGCGAUUCGGUGAUUGAUCUAUCAUCAAAAAUGUUUUACAAGUACAACUCAUACGAAAAUUCAGCCAAUUCAAGUAUAAAAGGAUGUUUCGGAAUCAGUCGUAACUUGAUCAGCACACUAUCAAAAGAUCAAAUUAUUAAAAUUAAAAAACAACUUAAUGAAAUUUACAGCAACAACACAACAAGAAUUUUAAAAAGCGAAAAACCUGUUGAAAUCAUUAUUAACGGGAAUGAAAUACGUAAAAUUAGGCCAAUAUCUCUACUUGUUCGUUGUAAUUCGCUAGCUGACGAGAAGGAAUUACUCGGAUCUGUAUUGCAAGGGCAAGAAAAUCAUUUUAAAACCAGCAAUAAAUCAGGUCCAAGAAGCGCCUUUGAAACAAGCUUUCCUGUUGAAGAUGAAAAACGAAAAUUGUUGCAGAAGCAGUUAAGAAACGAAAUGCAAAACAAAUUGAAAGAACGUAGUACAAAAUUGCUUCGACCACAUUCAACUAUUGAUAUUGCGGAGAACAACAAAUCACCUUCAAAUGAUUCAAAAAAUAUUUUAAUUGACCAAAAAAAAGGAAAAUUAAAAGAAAAUAAAUCGCAAUUUCGAACUAUAAUGACCGACAAUAUUGAAGAUAAAGUUAAAUAUAGCAAAAAUAAUGAAAUAUCUAAAAAAUCCUUCAAAAAACAUGCUAUGGAUUUUUCAAAAAUUGAAAUAGCAAAUGAAUCCUCCGAGAAGAUAAAACAAAAAAUAAAAUAUUUCGAGGAAAAAAGAGUAGAAGAAUUACCAAAAACAAUAUAUUUACCACGAGAUGAUUCGUCACUUGAGGAUAUUGAAGUUAUUCGUGGCAUUGAAGAUAAAGUGAAGGCAAAUCAAGGUAUACAUUUACCACAGAAUCACCUCUACGUAAAGGGAUUGAGUAGAUCAGUUUCGGACUUGAAGGAGUUUUUUGGCGAGAAAGAGAGUGUUCGUAGAUUUAUUGAGUACCGAAGUUCAUCGUCAAUGAACAUUAGAAUGCAAUCAAAAAACAUGGAAGAUGCUGCGAGCACCGAAAACUAUUUUCGAAGCCGCAGCAUAUCACCAAUUUCUGAUUCAAUUCAUUCAAUUUUGAAAAAUCGCCACAAUGAUAAUAGUAAAUUGACACAUGAAAGUUUAACGCAAAAACUAACAUGCUCUUCUCGAUAUCCAAUACUAUCGGCACCACCGCGUCGCUUUAGCAGUGAUCCAACACUUCAUGAGACAGUAAAAAGCCAAUCAAAGAUUGCUCUUAAAAGUAGUGAAAUUAGUGAUGUAUCUUAUUAUAAACACAAAUUUGAAAUGAAGAAUUCCACGUCAUCCAAAGAUCGUACCCAAAUAAAAUACGCAACAACGUCCACUCAUCGAGAUAUAUUAAAAAAAGAACAUCGUUUGAUGCCACACAUUGAUAUAAUCAGUAAAACUAUAGCUUUGAAAGAUGCGAUAAGUCGUAGUUCAACAUUAGAGCCAUCGAAAAAAACUGUCGUAUCAUCAGGCGAGGUUGACAGAAUUCGACAUAAAUUUGAAAUGAGAAAAUCGGAUUCCUUCGUUUCGUUAAUUGGGCAAAUGUAUACUUCAUCACCAGAUAUCAGUGAAUUAAGGGAUAUAUCCAAUUAUCUAUCAUCAACAUGGAUUGCUCACAAAUAUUCAAAACGAGGUGACAACGCACGUUCGGCGACUGAACCAGAUAAAACACCAACCAAUCAAGAAAUUAAGCGGAAACAAGUAUAUCGUUUAGGUUCCACGUCACCACAACCAUCAAAAACUAUGAAUGAUAUCUUGGGGCCCCUAUAUAAUAUUUUCGCCGAUAAAUAUGAUGCUACGAAACAUCGACCAACUCAUCGAUAUGUACCAGUUGACACUCGAUUAGAGGCUAAAUACUUAUUGCAUCAGUUGAAACAGAAUAUUGAUAAAAAAUUUAAGGAAUCUAUACACAACAAAGAAUUCGAAAUAGUUCCACCUCAACCACCACCUCCAUCAGUCAUAGGUGCAAUAAAUAUUAAUACUGAACAUCCCAACCAAAAGUUAGGUGAGUUACUCAGGAGAGAAUCACUAAAUAAGAGAAUGAAAAUAUAAAAUGAUUGAAAUAACAUAUGUCCAUAAAGUCUUGGCAGUAUAUUCAGGC